AAAAUUUUUGUAACGUGAAGCUUUUAUAUACACCCCCAUUUUUAACAAUAAUAAGUAAAAACAGAAUAGCUGAUAAAUUUGCUUUUAACACCUAUAACAAUAUGCAACAAAACAAUAUUACUAUGUAACAUGAGCCUCGCCAAAAAAUGGGCGGGGGACGACUCAAUUACUUUACACACAUUAAUGUUAUUACCGAAGUAUAUCCACGACAUCAUCCUGUAAAAUAUACAGUACUGUGGCCUUCACGAAGCUCGUCGAGAUCAGUACUUUCCGCGCUCUAGUCACGGUGACAUCGACCCUCGGCGGGUGCGGUUUCAUGUUCACUCUAACCCACCCAAAAUUUUAGGAAUGAUUAUAGUAGACGACAGUGAAAAAUACAACAAUAAUUCAUACACAUUCUUCGGGCCGCUUGGCAUGGCAUUCCAUGACAACGGAAUCGCGCUGGAGGACACUUAUACCGUUAAAUGUUUGUUAAGUGUAGUUCUACUGUUGGUUAUGAUUGUAAGCAUUACCGGCAAUGUGUGCACCUGCGCGGUGAUCGCUCGCAACCGCUCGAUGAGGAGUCCUACCAACUGCUACCUCUUCCAUCUUGCUGUCACAGACCUACUGAUGGCAUUUUUUGUCCCUAUAGAUAUUUACAUACUCUGGAUACCCGAAUUCUAUCCGUUGGGAGAAAUCGGAUGCCGGAUUCACUUGAUUCUCUUCGACUGCCUAUGCAACUGCAGUUUACUCAUAAUAACAACAUUUACAGUGGAGCGUUAUAUGGUUGUUAAAAAACCAUUCUUACGCCAAAAGCUUUCGAACAAUUCUCGAGUUUGCAAACUGGUUGCUGUGAUGUGGUUCAUAUCAUGUUGUUUUUGUAUACCUGAUCUAGUGGACAUAGAUUUUAAAGAGAGUAAAAAAUAUGUGUUUUGUUAUGUUACCAUGUCGUACAUAAUGACGUUGAUUAUUACCGCGGAGAUAUUCGUCUUCUACGUAAUACCACUGACCAUAAUCAUAGUUAUGUACGUGCUCAUUACGAUUGAACUAAAGUUCAAAAAGAAAUUACGAAGCAGUCCAGCAAACGGACAACAGAACCGGGACAAGGCUGUAAUAAUGCUCGGUGCAGUAGCGCUUUCAUUUUGCGUAUUCUGGGCACCAUAUUGCGUGCUCCGUAUUAUGUUAAUUUGGCCCAAGUUUACUUAUGAAGAGCACUACAACACGUGGAAGAUUCUCAACUACUUAUGUUACAACUCAUACGUGUCCAGUGCUGUUAAUCCGAUCCUGUACAGCCUGAUGUCAAGAAAAUUUCGACAAGCUUUCAAGGAUAUUUUCAAUGGACGGAAACCGCGUGCUAGAAAAAGGAUGGACUCCACCAGAAACUCCUUAUUGCGGAAUAACACCUGCAGAGAUAUUAUUAUGAGUGAUAUAAAAUUAUAUACGUAAUGAGUAAAUACUAGUAAAUAAUUAAAGUAACCAUAUGCAAGUCAUGUAUAUACAUUAUGUAUUCAGAAUCAAUUUUCUAAUCGUUAGAAGAAAUGUUAUGCAUCACAUAAUAAUGUUAUCGU